CUAAAAAGGCCACUCUCUUUCUGCAAGUGGCGGGGUGGCUGAGUUAAACUCCAGAGAGGGUAAAGAAUCAAUAAGUUUUUAUUGCUUCUAUUUGGGCGGCCGUUCGUUUGUUCAUUUUCCCGCUAAAAACUGGGUUAAGAGGAUUGAAGUUUCAAGUUCAACAAAGGACACCAAGACCCCAGGUUUUCUUUUCCCCUUUUCUGAGCUUUCCGUGUCAUUUUGUGUUGAUUAUACGUUAGUUUACAAAUCCCAGAUGGAUGAAUUAGCUGAACCCCAUGAACAAUUGAAAAUUUCCCAAUUCUCUUUACAAAACUCAGAAUCCAAUUAUGACCUGAUUAGCGAUUUGCCGGAUACCCUUCUCUGUCACAUUUUGUCAUUUCUCCCAACAAAAUAUGCCGUGGGCACUUCUAUUCUGUCAACCAGGUGGAAGAAUCUGUUCCCCUUGAUCCCAAAUCUUUUGUUGGUUUUCCAUGAUUCAUUGCUUCUUAAACAUCCCAAUGGAGUAGCUGAAUCGGAUAGGAUGAAGAGCGGGAAACUAGGUUUAUAGGUUUUGUUGGUCUGGUUUUGAACCGGUUACUGGAAAAUGACGCUAGAAUCCGCUCGUUCCACCUCAUAUGUCGGCUGCCACGGUAUAAAGUUUCUGAUAUUGUUUCUUGUUUGGGAGCUGCUACAAGACUUCGUGUGAAAAAUAUUUAUUUUGAUGCCUCAAUGGGCUACUCCAGUGGGACUAAGUUAAUUAGUAGUCUUAGUGGGUGCUAUAACUUAACUUGGUUGAGUUUGGCUAGGGAUUUUCGUUUCUUUCUUCUAAAGGACUUUCCAAUUGUUAAGUUUCCCAAGUUGGAGACGUUGAUUCUUGAUGGUGUCACACUUUCUGACAAUGUGGAAUUGCUCUUUGAUGGAUGCCCUGUGCUCGAAAACUUGGCCAUAACUAUUUGCAUUAUUCAACCUGUAGACACCUUCAGGAUCUGUAUAAUUUUGCUGAAACAUUUGGUUUUAGAAUGGUGCCUCAUUGAUGGUGAUACCACAAUUGUCUUAAACACACCAGAGCUCGAUUGUUUGUGCCACUUUGCCUUUUGUGAUGUAAGCUACUCGUUCGCGAGCAAAUUUGAUCAAAUCCGUGGCCUCUCAAUAAUUUUACGUGCCCCAGUUGGUGAAGAUCCCAACUUUAAUGAUCUCAUGAUAGCUGAAAUUGUUAAGGCGUGUUCUGAAGUCGAGAGUUUGAAUUUGGGAGACUCAGCAAUGGAGGUUCUUCAUCAUUUGUCACUUCCUCUGCCUAUUUUUUGUAACUUAAAGAGAGUUCUACUCAAUGUAGUGGGCUUGGCUGGAUGGAGCUUAUUUGGAAGACUCCUUAAAAAUGCUCCGAAACUUAAUAUAGUAACUCUUGAUAGGGGUUCCAACAUGCUUGAUGGUUACUUUGAUUGCUUUCGGGAAUCAGCCCAAGGCAUUCCUCACUGUCUUGCCUCAAGCAUGAAAGUGGUAGGGAUCUCAGCCUUCAAAGGCCAUGAGGAUGAAAUUAAAUUCAUCGAGUACAUUUUAGAGAAUGGAAAAGUUCUGGAGAAGUUGCAUCUCAGUUUUUGCUUUAACUGGAAGGAAAACUUUGAUGUCUUUAAGAGAAUAGUUGACGCUGGACUGAAAUCAGAGACUUGCAAGAUUAUAUGGCUUUACAAAGACUUGGAUAGUAUUUAUUACGAUAAAUAGUAGUGCUAUUAGAACUCCCUCCAUUGUCUUGCUUGGAUUUUUUACUUUUAAGUAUUAGAAAUGAAAAUCCAAAUGAAAUAAUCAUUUUGGACGGAUGGAGGGAGUAACAAGUGCUUGGUUACAAGAUGGAAUCUUGCGUAGCUUAUGAGGUACUUUUUUUGUCUUUGGAAGUUGAAUGAUCUUUAAUUGCCUGACACCCUAUCUUAAUGAGGUACUUGAUUGUUGAUUUCACAGCUGCUAUAUCAACAAUUAUUUUUCUUACCAACACUUGGUUGUAGUAUUUUGCCAGAUGCUAUAUCAACAUUUAGUUGUUUAAUGGCUUCUUGUUCUUGUAUUCUUCUUGAUUGGAGAAUCUUGUGACUCAUGAAAUUGUUAGUAACAGUCC